CCCGGACUGAAUCAACGAACCACAAUUACUAUCCUCCGCUAUCGUUGAGAAUCUGUGUGUCUUUCCAAAGGACAUACAGCCUACAUGCGCACUAGGGACCCCUUCGACUUCGCACGAUGUACGUCUAGCUAUGGGACUGUGACUGGUAUCUCAUUGCUACCGAUUCGGAUUUUACCGUUUUCAACCGUGCUUCGGCUUUGCACAGCCAAAAAUGCACCGAAUGUAGGAGACAAUUAUAUCGCCGUCGAGGCUAUCUAAAAUUGAUAUCGUCACCGUCAUCGUCGACAACGAAACACGCAAAAAUGACCGUGCCAGGGGUCGAACCUGGAAUCUCUUGAUUGCCGAAUCCUGGUUGACCCA